AAAACAGAAUACAUCAGACCGUUUACUGAGAAAUUUUGCAUGGUCCCAUCUCAUCGGUCUUUCCUUGAGUCCGUUUCGAACCAAAAACUAUAAACCUCAUUUCAUUAUGGAUACAGUGAAGGAAACCCCCAAGUACACUACCGUUGGUUCCAUUGCCAAUACAAACACCACGCCUCUUCAACCGCCCACUCGCAGAGGUCGAACCGCCAAGUGGCCAUUGCCAGUAGACUUUGGGCUCCUGACAUCACCAACAUCCGGGUUUUCCUUGGGUUCUGGUAUGCGGUCGCCGCCUCCUGCUGAUGCACGACCCCUACACUAUUCUCCCCUCAGGCAAAACACGGAUCGUGCCAUGAGCCCUACCAUGGAUCGCUCAAGUCUCACCGCCUCGAGUGUUUCGUUUGUCAAUAUCAUCUCAGCCAGAGCUGCAACUCUUGACAAAGAAGAUGAGACAAGCAUGACAAGCAAAGCCGCCCGUAUUGAAGCUGAGAACUUGGAUGACCAUACAUCCAUGAAACAGUUGUCGGUCAAAUCAUUGACCAACUUGGCUUCCUACGAGAACCCUAAGCAAAAGAUUGCUCAAAAAAUCUUAUCCCGCGCUCGUUCAACCCCGCUUCAACCUACGCGAGCCUACUCGGAUCAAAUUUCUGUAGCAAGCAUGCUACAGUCAGAUGGCACAGCCGAACACCGCAACGACUCAACGGCGAGCUCUAUCUUAUCCAGGGGACCUGGUGCUCCUCGGCCAUUGACAGCUGGUCCUCCAGGCUUACGCCAACACGCUAUUCCCGCAGUCGUUCUGGAGUCGGACCGGGCAUCUCUUCGCAAUGUCACCUCUUCGAGAACGUGCCUCUCAUCAGUCAGAGAAGUCCUCCGCGCAGAUGGCUACUCCUCUUCCAAGAUGGUCGACACUCUCUCCGCAGAAGAGGCCCGUGUGUAUUAUCAACAAGGGCUUUUACCGGCAAAUUUUAACUUUCAAACGCAGCCCUCAGCUACAACAAUAGAGCGUAACUCUUCCACCGACGAAUGUACAAGUCAUAUGGGCAACAACAAGAAAAACCACAUUUCCCGAAGCGCUGUGAUCAAUGCGCUAUGGAACGAAGGAACAGAGAUGCUUGGAAAAUCCAUCAAUGAAGCAUCUUACGAGCAUACACAUCGAGACUUUGAGAAGCUCAUGGGUAUCGAGUCUAACCACAAAGAAAUCAAGCCAAAGACUGUGCUCCCAAAGAUCUCUGUCCAGCAGGCCGACCUCAUGUCUAUUGAGGAGCAUGCGGCGCCCUUGCUGAGCAUUGCUUUUCAGACACUUGUCGGUUCUGAAAUGUUCACACUAUCUGGCAACCUGCCCAAAUUGAGAUACCAAGAGAUUUGAAACCCAAGGUCAUAAACAAGGUUCCCAAAGGCUUUCCACUUGAACCACGGUUUCCACAAUUUUGAAUUCGGGAUCCAAGCAGUCUCAUUCUUGUCAGCGCUCAAGUUUGGGCAAUAACUUUAGGGAGCAUUCGACCACUUCGAUGCGUACACUAUCGAAAAAAUUUCUUGCUCUUUUGGUUCAAA